CCACUUGGACAAAUUUCAAAGCGAACGGGAACUGCGCAAAGUUCGUGCGUUUGUCAUUUCCUUGUACCAAAUGCCUUCCCAUCCGGGCCCUUCUGUUAGUCAAUAAGCACGUAUCCUUCAUCGCUAUUCAUGAAAUACGGUUAGCUGAAGUACCGUCUUAUACUGCGUCAAUAGCCCAAUGCAUUGUCACCUAUCAACAUCAGCAUAAAGAUUACAUAAAUCCGAGGCCGGCGUUCGUCAUUUUUACCGCUUAACAGCCUCUCUUAGUCUUCCAAGCUCCACGUCAUGGCACCUAACACCGUCCAACGAAAAGGUGCAAUCACAAAGGCACCACAGAGUAAUGGAAGGUUCAUCACUGAGACGGAGUUAAAAGAACACAAUGGAACUAACGGCUGCCAGACCUGGAUAGCGAUCAAGGACAGAGUUUACGAUGUUUCCAGUUUUGGUGUAGAGCAUCCAGGAGGUACCAUCAUUUUCACGCACGCGGGCCAAGAUGCCACCGAUGUGUUCGGCGCAUUCCAUCCUGCCUCAGCGCACAAAUGGUUACCUCGGUUUUACAUUGGUGACCUGGUGAAGGAUUCACGCAUAACUCCCUCAGAUUCCCAAAAGGAGACAGAGUACAGACAGGAUAUCAUAGCAAUGAAGUCGGAGCUGAUGAAGGCUCGUGCAUUUGAAUCCUCAAAGUUGUAUUACGCAUUCAAGAUUGCCUCCAAUGCUGCCAUAUUGGCUGCUGCAGUGGCUGCAAUUUUAGUACUCAAUGGAUUUGCUGGUGCAAUCAUAGGCGGUGUUCUUAUGGCUCUCUUCUGGCAGCAGAGUGCCUUCCUGGCUCAUGACUUCCUCCAUCAUCAGGUAUUCACCAACCGCAGCUACAACAACUUAGGUGGCCUUUUCUUUGGCAACAUAUGGCAAGGCUUUUCAACCUCUUGGUGGAAGGCCAAGCACAAUCACCAUCACGCAUCCACUAACGUGGUGCACACCCAAGCCGGAGGAGACCCAGAUAUUAUGACGAUGCCAUUCCUGUUGUGGUCAGAGAAGAUCAUCGAAGGCGACACAGAAGAUCUUAAGGACCUUCCAAAGUUUAUGGUCAGGUAUCAAAAGUUCUUCUAUCUGCCGCUGAAUGCAGCUGCUCGUAUAUCAUGGCUGCUGCAGUCACUCCUCUUUCAACUGGAGCCUGUGCAUAAAUAUGUAGGUGGUUUGCGUAUGAAAAUCGCCGAGAUUUCUACAAUGGCUAUCCAUUACCUUUCGGUGGCAUUCAUCACGUCACUCCUAGAAACGGCCACCUCAAGAAUUGUUUUCCAACUGACAUGUCAGUCACUCGGUGGGAUUUUUCUCGCUAUUAUUUUCACCGUCGGUCAUUAUGCAAUGGAGAUGUUCACAAGCGAGGAAAUGAAUGACACUGAUUUCGUCCGCCUUCAAGUUCACUCCACCUGCAAUAUCACGCCCACGGUCUUUAACACGUGGUUCAGCGGUGGUCUGGCAUACCAGGUAGAACAUCAUAUAUGGCCUACUUUACCUCGUCACAGUUUACCUCUUGCAUCGAAGAUUUUGAGGCGCUUUUGUUCCAAACACAACAUUCCUUACACCGUUAAAGGACUGAUUGAAGGAAACUUGACCGUUUUUCGGCUGCUUUCGCAAAUUGGAAAGAGAUUUUGAUCUUUUUUGUACAGACAGUGUGAUAACUACCGACAGCUCGUCGCCAACUUUAUGCUUUGAAUUUUUUUAUUUUUAUUUUUUUAUUUUCCAAACAUAUAGGCCUAUUUAUUCAAUUUGGAGUGUUAUAAUAUAUAACUUUUUGCUUGGGCCUGACCCUCUCAAUCCAAAUAUCUCGAUACUGUGUGCCGUACAUUUUUGUGAUUCUAGUUCUGAAAAAUCGGGUUAAAAUCAAGCUGUCUCGUUGCUUAAAAUUGUUCUUUCUACUUCUAAAAUUUUGCUUGAUGUGAAUGAUAUUAUUGAUAUUAGGACAAAUUUCUCGUUUGUUCUCGAAGCUUAGCUUCUCGGGAAGCUGUUCACUUCUCGGACCCAAACUCUCUCAGCCAUAGACACUAUCAGCCGGCAUAUCAGCUGCCCUAUUCCCUAAAAUAUUUCCAAAAUAAAAUGAAUGCGUUGAAGGGUGUAAAGUGUAAAACAUUCAAUUUUCUGCCAUAAUCUCCAAAAGAAAAUGAAUGUAAUAAAGGGUGUAAAACAUUCAA